AUGUCUCGAUCUAUUCAAGUGGUUCGUGUUUCAAGAACAAUUUCAUUUAGAACGCAACAUCAGCGUUGUCAUCCGUCGAAAUCAGACAUUCAACCUAUUCCUAUCAUCCAUCUAAAAAUUUCAUCACUACAAGUUAACGCUACGAAUGAUUAUAAGCCUUCCGCGAAUAAAAAAACUGAGCUCGUUCCAUCUACAACGCAACCAACUGGUGCACGGCCAAAUCGAAUGACUUUUAAAGAUGAACAUCAUCAAAAGUUGAAUAGGAAUCAAAAGAAAUACUAUUGUAAUCGUAUUUGUCAUCGACAUACACUUGUCUGUUUAUUUUUGUCGUUACUUGUUCUUCUUCUUCUUGGUACGGGCAUUGCUGCCGUACUUAUGACAUUGAAUACAAAAACCACAACGACAACGACGACAGUAACAUUAACUACAGUGACGACUACAACAGCGACAACAACGACAACUACUACUACAACUACUUCUGUUCCUCCUUGUAGUUGUAGCAACUGUUAUGUUGUUAAUAGUACUUGCUGUUAUGCUGGUAUUUGUGGUGCUACGGGUAGUUCUUGUUAUUAUGCUACUAAUAUCGGUGGUUCUGUUGCUGGUACUGUUCGUCAGUAUGAUUAUUUUUGUUAUUAUGCUGCUUUUUAUGGUGUAUCUGGUUGUAAUGCUUGUGCUUCUGGAUAA